CGAGUUUAGUGGGCCCUCCUCUAACGUUCAGUCAAUAUUUGCAGAUCGACCCAAGUAGAUCACUUUCGAUUUCAUCCGGUGCCGAGCUUCAGCGCGAUACGAAAGUGAGAGACUUAAGUAAAUAUACCGGGCGUCGAGAAAUGACCGUAACCGUUUAGGUAUAUAUUGGAGCGUCGACAUCAUGAGAUUUUUAGGUGUUGUAUUUCUGGCCAUCCUUGCCUGUACCGCGGCCAGGAAUUGCCCGGCGAGGAAGUCUAAUUCCAAGUUGUUCUGCUACUACGGCAAGCUGACGGACGUUGAUAAUUGCUAUUGCACGCACGCGAUCCUCCCGGCUAACUCCGACGUCAAAGCCAUCGAGAGGGCCAGGGAACACCUGAAGGGUGUGAAGGUCCUGGUCACAGUCAACGAGUUCAACCAGGGCCUGGUCAACUUGUUGAAGAACAGCAAAGUGGACGGUUUGGAGAUAAACCUGAAGAAGUUAGAUUCCAAAGAUGACAUCAACGAAUUCAUCAGCACUGUUAGGAGCAAGCUGGGAUCAGAUCUGUACCUCGCUCUUUCCGUCCCGUCAAGCGCCGACAUAUUGGCCAAAUAUUACGACUUCAAGAGCUUGUCUAAGCACACCGACCUCUUCAUCCUCCAGACUGCGUUCUUGGGAGCAUCGAAGAAUGUUACCUUCCAUCCCAGUAGGCUGUCGGGCAUGUGGGACAUGCAGAACACUGAUUCUGUGGUUGAUCUAGUGAGCGGUUUGGGAGCGCCUCUAUCGAAACUGGUCAUCUCGGCACCAGUCCAAGCCUUCCAGUUCACUCUCCAAAAUGAAGAGUACACAGCACCAGGAAGUCCUGCUUUGGAGGUGAAAUCAUUAACGAGAAACGAACUUUGCGAAAUUAUGAAUGGAGCGACCAAUUGGACUUUGGAAAGAGACGAGGAUCAAGCUGGUCCGUACAUAUUCAGCAAGAACCAAUGGAUCGCCUUCGAGGACCCCACCAGUAUGGACAUCAAGGCCAAAUAUUCCAGGGUGCGCGGCUUAGCGGGAAUGGCCCUAAAGGACGUUUCCCAAGAUGGCGGUGAUGAUUGCGGUUCGUCCAUAUUGGAAGCUGCCUACAACGGGCUGUCCAGACAAGCCAGGGCACCUCGUGGUGCCGUGUUGCACUCUUUGGAGCGCGAGAUCAAGGAGGCCAGCCAGCCUUUGGACCACGUCCACGUGUCGCCUUAUCGCAUAUCCAGAAUCAUCGACGUUGAGGGCAAAAUCCACACUGUUAGACAGGACACAAGGACGGAAUUCGUCUGCUCGCGUCAGGGCUACUUCGUGCAUCCACGCUCUUGCAACCGCUUCUACCGCUGCGUGAAGUUCGACCAGCUGGUGGACGAUUUCAACGUAUUCGAAUUCGACUGCCCCGCAGGUCUGGCCUUUGACGAACGCGUGGAGGUGUGCGUCUGGCCAGGAAGUCUCCCUCACGGCACGCCGUGCUCCGGAAGCAGCGAAAUAGCGCCCGUGCCGCGGCAGAGAUUCGUUUGCCCGGCUGAGCAAGGAUAUUACGCCGACCCCGAAAACUGCCGCUGGUUCUUCGCCUGCCUCGACCACGGAAAAUCCCCUCUUACCGCCUACGAAUUCAGGUGUCCCUUCGGCCUCGUCUUCGACUCGGAUCGGCUUAUGUGCGAAUGGCCGUGGUUGGUACCGAAAUGCGCAAGCGGCCUUGGUGUCAAUCUAGCUUCCGAAUACGUCUAUGGAGGAUAUUCCUCAGGACAAGGCGUAGGACUACUCCUAGAACAAUACGACGGACUUGGAGCACUAGGUGCCGUGAAAUUAGGAGGAAUUACCGGCAAAAUCGAACAACCAAUAGUUUACAGUAACGUGGGAACCGCUGGUUUGGGCUAUAACAGUGGUGGUUACGUUAACCAAGACGGUUACAUAAUUGGAAAUGGAAUAGGACUGGGUGGUUUGAGUUAUAAGGCUGCGCAGUCACUACAAAACGCUGGAUUACUUCGAUCUGACUUGGGAGCUGCAGCAGGAGCAGCAGCUGCAGCUGGAGGAUACCAACAGGGAGCUAGUGGCGCCGGGUUAGGUCUAGUACAUCAACAAGGAGCUCUAGUACAUCAACAAGGAGCUGGUGCUGCAGGAUUGAGUCUAGUACAUCAACAAGGAGCCGGUGCUGCUGGAUUAGGUCUAGUACAUCAACAAGGAGCCGGUGCUGCUGGAUUAGGUCUAGUACAUCAACAAGGAGCUGGUGCUGCCAGAUUGGGUCUAGUACAUCAACAAGGAGCCGGUGUUGCUGGAUUAGGUCUAGGAUAUCAACAAGGAGCUAGCGUUGCUGGAUUGGGUGUAGGAUAUCAAGAGGGAGUUGGGGUUGCCGGGUUAGAAGGAUAUCAACAAGGUGGUAGUAUCGCUGGAGUGGGUCUAGGAUAUCAACAAGGAACUGGCACCUCAGCAGGUCACUAUUCUGGACAAGGAUCGGCCUCGAGUGCAGCUGGUUUAGGAACAUCCAAACAAUACCAGUACAACUCUGGAGCAAGUGGAUUGGAAAUAAACGAUGCCAACUUGAAUGUAGCUGGAGCAUAUGGUGCUAAAACCUCAAACGCUGAUGCACUAAACACUCAGUAUGUUUCUGGUGUAGUUCAUGCAGGUGCUAAUCUUGGCGCUGGUGCAGAUUAUAACGCAAAUGCUAACGCUAACGCUUUUGGAGCUAAAUCUUCACAAAAUCAACUCCAGUACCACGGAAAUGUUGUUGCUCAAGGUGGAGUAGGCGGUGCGGAAUACCGAACGAAUUUGGCUUCAGGUUUGGACAACGCUGGUCUCAACUUAGGAACAGUAAGCACUGGGCAUACACUUGGAGAGCUGAACGCUUUACAUGUACAAGGAAAUCUUGGACAUGCUGCAGGCAGUGGAGCAAUUUCUUCACAGAGCUUCACUCAGUAUCAUGGUCAAACUGGACAGACCCUUCAAGCCAAUGCUGGCGCCGAUUUAGGAAAUCAUGGUGUAAAUGUUGUUGUUGGCAAUGGUGGUCUCAACCAGGACGAAUUAAAUUCUGUACAGUAUGGAGACAACAUAGGAAUUGGUUUAGGAUACAACGCUGACAACGCCUUUGGACUGAAACUGAACCAAAACGUCAACCUUGGACAAGGUGUAGACUACAACGCAGGUAACGCUUUCGGCGCUAAAUCGUCCCAAACCUUCACUCAGUACCAUGGAGGAUCCGUCGGUCAAGGAGUUGCAGGAAAUAUUAACAUAGUAGGCGGUGGAUAUUCCGCGGUAGGAGAAGCAAAAUCUGGAGUUGAAAUAAAUGGCCAGAGCGGCGAUACUACCUUACAUUCAACGGCUUCGCCCAUUUCGGUCACCACGUUCGCUUCAGUCCCAACUGUCACAUCAGUGCCCAUUCCCUCACUGAAGACCGGAUCCGGUUUCGAAAGUUAUAAGGGCGGAGUGGUGGCUAACGUUCCCCAAUUGCAAUACAAGGUUCACGACAGCAACGAACUAGCUAACAUUUCUGCUAGCUUUGUGAAAUUCGUGCCCACAACGCCAUCUGCUUUACUAGUAAAUGAAGGAUACGAGUACCAGAAACCGGCCACAUUUUUCAAUCAGAAUAAAUACAGGGGUGGUGGCGCUGGGGCAACCAGUUAUAGUUAUCAAUCUCUAGAUUCAUCUGCUAAUAAGGGCGAAUAUGUCUACACAAAUCCAUCCGUUACAGAUGGAGGUGUAACAGUUUCAGGUUAUAGUGGAUCAUCAACCGUUAGACCUGCCGUCACAGUCGUUCAACAAAAUGUAAUCCCUACAGUUUCGCUACAGAAAAAUGAGGGAUACGUAUACUCAAGACCAAACAUAGCUUUUGAAGAAGGUCCAGCCAAGACAGUAUCCAGUUUCAGCAUUUCUAGCACCCCUAAACCUGUUACGUUUGUGCAACAACAAGUACAACCUAUUGUUUCUGUCCAACCAAUUGUUUCCGUACAACCCGUUGUACAUCAUCCCACCGUUUCAACUUACCAAAGACAAAAUUAUAUCUCGGGAGGAUACAAAUAUGAACAACCGGCUGUCGUAGUUUCCUCUACAGUCCAACCCAUUGUGAAACAAAGACCUCAGGUAUACGUCUCUUCCACAGUCGCUCCAAUUGUUGAACAAAACGUACACGUACAACCCGUCGUUUCAUCCUACAGUUUUGCACAGAACGUCGCAUCUGAAGGAUACGACUAUCCCAAACCUUCUGUAGCUUUUGAAGAACGACCAGUGGUUCGCCCUGCUGUUAUUUCCAAAUUCAGCAUCAGGAAACCAACAGUACAACCCGCUACUGUUACGUACAACGUACAACAACCUGCUGUUGUAGAACAAAAAAUAGUCCAACCAGUAGGUGCUUCAUUCAGUUAUCAACAAGAUUAUAAGUCAGAAGGUUACAAUUACCCCAAACCAUCGAUAGCCUUCGAAGAAAGGCCAGUUGUACAACCUGUGGUGUCGACUUACCACUACCAGCAACCAGAAGUUCGGUACGGAUCAGUACAACCCACGUACACCUAUCAGCAACCUGCUGUUACCAGUUAUACGUACCAAGAUGUUGCACAGAAGGCUGUAGGUGUAUACCAACCAGACGCUAUUUCCACUUACAGCUACGCCACUUCAACGCCUAAAUCUGUAGUUUUGGAACAAAAAGUCAGACCAGCUGUGGUUUCCAGUUAUAGUUACACACCUUCCACCACUAGCGCACCCGCAGUUGCGGUACAAAACGUUGAAUUUGGCGGUUAUGACUACCCCAAACCUGCAGUAUCCUUUGCGGAAGGACCAACGCCUGUCGAUACAUACGAUAACAGACAACUCGUACAAGAAGUACCAUUCGUAAAGACGAAGGCUUACGUUACUGGCAACGCGAAGAGUUAUCAAUAUAACCAGCGUUUCGAGACGCCUGUUGCUCCGGUGGUCGUAGAAAAUUAUCAAGCCCCAGUGAAAGCAUCGGUUGCUCCGGUAGUUGUAGACAAUUACCAAGUUCCGAUCAGUACACCAGCCACUCCUGUCGUCGUGGAAAAUUACCAAGCUCCCGCAAAAACUUACAGUCAAUCAGUAGACACGUCAAACACGUACUUCUUUAAUAACGUAAAUUCUGUCAGUAGCACACCAAUUUACCAACAAGAACAUUACUCUGCACCCGUUUCGUUUGUACAGACCACUCCGAGACCAAACUAUAAAUCAGUUAUAUCUUCCGUGUCAACAGCCAAGGUAACGCCUACGCAAGCACCUAACUUCUACUAUUACGACAGCAGAUUAUCCUCCACUCCAAAAACAACUGUAGCGGAAGGUUACGUCUAUCCACAACCAAAGAUCCAGUUUGAAGAAAGACCAUUACAACCCGUGGUAUCCACAACUUAUUUGCCACCGACUAGAGAAUACUUGCCAGCUCAAACCAGCAAACCAAUCUCUAGUUAUUCCUUCAGCUCUUUAGAUGCUCAAUAUCAAACUCUGUCCACGCCUAGACCGUUCACUGUGUCGACAACUCCGUUGGUUAGAGAAUAUAUUCCGGUAACUUCGAAGAUACAAGUUACCACACCUCAGCCUGUAUUUGUGGUACCAGAAGUAUCAACACCUGCUGCUUAUGUUCCUGUCAGAUCUAAGAUUAGAUACACCACAAGCAGACCUGUGGAAAUCACCGCUCCUGCUAGGAAAUACAUUCCAGUUAGUGUUACCACUACUCCUAUAUUCGCACCAACCGCAAACUACAUACCUAGCUCGCCUUUGGUGGAAGUAUCAUCUAGAGCUCCCUUGGAGGUAACAACGCUUGCCAGGGAAUAUUUACCUGUUAGGUCAAGAGUAAGAGUUACUACAGGUGCACCUCUUGUGGACACUAGAAGACCUGCGAAGAUCACAAUUAUCAAACAAAACGACCUACAUCCUAUGCUAGCUGCUAAACUAGGAGCACAAUGUACUUGCGUGUCGAACGCUUUGAGCCUGCGCAAGAAGCAGAAGAUUAUCAUAGUAGAGGACGAUGAUGACGAUGACGGUUACGUCGUAGCUAACGAAGGUGGUAAAGUUGUGGAAAACUACCAAUACAACCCCCAAGAUACCAUCGCGAUAACUCCCAACCCUCAAGUUUACGUGCAAAACACCGCCAGUCAAGCUUUGGUCGCGCCAAAUCCAACCUAUGCCGUUAGAAAGCGUGUCAGAGUUCGUCCUGUGACUCAACCGGUUACUGACGCUGUGGGGGUGUUCCUGAAGAACGAUAUCACCCCUGUCGGGGCUUCUGACGCGGAGAUCGCCAGCGCUGUUAGAACCGGAUUGAACCUAGUGAAGCAAGCUGCCAAGGAAGGGGCGGAGGAUGCUCUUACUGGCUAUGGAGGUGCUAAUGUUAGGGACACGAUCGACUGUCAAAGGGCAGGUCUCUUCAGACAUCCUAACCAGUGCAACAAGUUCUACGCUUGCAGAUGGGAUUGUACCAAGAACAAGUUCACCCUCCACACCUUCAACUGCCCAGUUCAUCUGACCUUCGACAACUCACUUGGAGCUUGCAACUGGCCCAGCCAAGGACCGGCCUGUCUCGAGAACACCCUGCUGCCCAGCGAAUAGAGAGGUGGAGAAGCGUUUGUAGGUUUUAAGGAGUAUUUAUUUUUUUUUGCAUACGUCAUUUUACUAUUUAUUGCAUCGUACCAUCUUCUGGCUUCACGCUUUUGUCUGGUGGAAUGGAAGGUACUGUCGACUAAACGUCUUGUUCAUAAUGCCAUUUAGUUUUAGUCUUAGCGUCGAGAUUUUGUAUAUUUUAUUUUUGUAACAUAUUUUUUGUAUAAACCGUAAUUUAAUUAGGUAGAAAAUAAA